AUGGUCAUUGGCAGUGAGCUCAAACCUGAUUUCAUUGUCAAGGAUGGCGUUGCAGAGGUUGCGAUACCAGAAGAGGUGUUUGCGGAUGUGGUGCCGUUAUGGAAGUGUUUUUUUGUUGGGUACUUCAUGAAUGAGGCCCCGCAUAUUGGUCCGAUUCAUGCUACGGUGAAUCGAAUUUGGAAUCCACCGGGUAAGCGAACAAGGAUUGAUGUCCAAUUCAUUGGAAAAACGACAGUGCUUUUCAGAAUUGAGGACGAGAAAGUGAGGAAGAGAGUUCUGAAAAAGAAGUUUUGGCAUAUCUCGGAGGUUCCUUUGAUGUUGGGGGAGUGGACCCCUGAAACGGCUCGACCUCCGCCAGGCCUUUCGGCUAUGCCUUUGUGGGUGGAUCUAUUGAAUGUUCCAGGCUAUCUUUAUUCUAAAGAGGGCCUCAAGUUCCUGGCCAGAACUUCUGGAAAGUUCAUCAAACUUCACCCGCACACAGAACGUUGUGUUCGAAUGGAUGUUGCUAGAGUGUUAGUGGAAGUUGAUUUAACCAAGCCAUUACCAAACACGAUAAGCUUUCGGGACAGAGAAGGUCGCACAGUCUUGGUAUCUAUCACCUACCCCUGGCUCCCUCCUCGGUGCCACUCAUGUUCCAAGUGGGGUCAUUUGGCAAAGGAUUGUGUAUCACAGAAGACCCUUGAUGUGGUGUGUAAUCAACCUGCAGACGUUACAAAUGAACCGGGAACGGACAUAGUUGAGCUAGAAGGUUUCUCCUGUAAAGAAGCCACCGAAAAAGCUAGUACUGAGAUUGUAGCAACGCUGAUUACUGAGUUGGAGUCGAUGUCGAGUAAAGAGAAUCUAUCAAACAAGUCCUGUCCAAAAGAAGUUUUGAGCUUGGUCGGGACUAAGCAGCAGGUGGAGAUUAAUUCAGCAGAUAAGUGGGCUCAGGAGGAAGAAGUGGAGGAGGAUGGGUCUGAAGAUCAUAGCGAGGAGAUUAAAGUGGUAUCGAAGAUCAUAGCGAGGAGAUUAAAGGCUACGCUUCCAGACGCUAUAGAGCUAAACCAAUGUGCUUUUGUUGAGGGAAGGCUUCUGCUGGAAAAUGUUUUGCUAGCAACUGAAUUAGUCAAAGACUACCAUAAGGACUCGGUAACACCUCGGGCUGCUAUCAAGCUGGACAUUUCAAAGGCGUUUGACACUGUUAGCUGGGAGUUUAUUGAGGCAACCCUGCGUGCAAUGAACUACCCGGAUCUGUUUAUUUCAUGGAUCAUGAGAUGCAUUGAUACUGCAGCUUACUCAGUGUCGGUGAAUGGGGAGUUAAAAGGUUUCUUCUCCAGUAGCAGAGGCGUACGACAAGGAUGCUCGCUGUCCCCGUAUCUCUAUGUUAUAGUCAGCAACGUACUCUCCAAGCUCCUAAACAGGGCGGUUUCUGAAGGUCAGAUUGGCUAUCAUCCACACUGUAAGGAGGUGAAUCUCUCUCAUCUGAGCUUCAUCGAUGAUAUAGUUGUCUUCACAAACGGCUCCCCAGAAUCGCUUCGAAGCACACUGGCUGUAUUUGAUAAAUUUGCUGCAAUGUCGGGUCUGAGAAUUAACAUUGCUAAGUCGACUGUAUUUGCUGCGGGAAGAGGGAAAGCAACACUUGAAAACGCAGUUGAUGUCUCUGUAUUAUCCAUCUCGGCGCUGCCAAUCAAGUACCUUGGACUGCCCUUAACCACAAAGACUAUGUCGAAGCAAGAUUACGAGCCUCUAAUCACCAAAAUAAGGGCCAGAUUUCUCUCGUGGACAAGUAAGGCACUCUCGUAUGCGGGAAGAUUGCAACUUAUCAAGUCGGUUAUUGCAAGCAUCACCAACUUCUGGUGUGCAGCGUUUUGUCUCCCACAAGCCUGCAUUGAUGAUAUUGAGAGUAUGUGUUCAGCAUUCUUAUGGAGCGGCUCACCAAAUAACACUUCUAUGGCAAAGGUUGCUUGGGCUGAUGUCUGCUGUCCAUUUGAAGAAGGUGGCUUGGGUCUGCGACGGGUUCAGGAAGUAAGUACAGUUUUCAUCCUGAAACUUAUCUGGCGACUCUCUGCCCACUCUAGCUCGCUGUGGGGAACUUGGGUGAAACAGUAUCUCCUUCGUGGUGAGACUUUAUGGGAUGUGAGGGACACUGGACUAGGGUCAUGGGUUUGGCGAAAGAUUCUGAAGUUUCGGAACCUAGCAAAUCAGUUCAUCCGUAUGGACAUUGGGAAUGGUCAGUCAGUGAGGUUUUGGUCGGAUCUUUGGCACCCUGCAGGGAGGCUAAUAGAGAUUACUGGGGAAAUUGGAACGCAAAAGCUUGGCAUAGGGAGAAACACAAGGAUUUGUGAUGUGUAUAGAGAUGGUGCUUGGAGACUUCGGUUUCCCAUAGUACUAAAUGCUGAGGCUGCUGAUGGGACUAUGUGGAAAAAUGGACCUGAUGAUUAUGGGGAUAAGUUCUUAGCCUCAACGUUUCGUGACAGACUGGCUACAGGCCAUCGAACCAGUCAAUGGGGCCAGCCACAAUGUUGCAUGUUUUGUGGUGAGCCGGGUGAGACCAGGGAGCAUCUGUAUUUCGCUUGUCCAUAUACCUACACGUUGUGGCUGGAAGUUGUGGGUAAUCUGAUUGGAGUUGAACCAGACCCAGACCGGGACAUCACAGUUUCGAGCUUCCUCACACGGAAGUAUGAUCGCAUCACCUUCGUCUUGUUGCGACUGGUCCUGCAAGUUACUAUAUACUCUGUCUGGAGGGAAAGGAAUGAUCGACCGCAUAAUGGCACUGCAAAGUCUGUGGACCAGUUGGGUCGGAUCAUCGACAAAGCAAUGAGGAAUCGCAUAAUGUCGACGAAGUACUACUUGAAACCGAAACUACAGGGGCUGAUGCAACGUUGGUUUAUGGCUCAUAUGUCUUAA